AUGUCGUCAAAGGAAGAGGGAGACAUGUUGGAACAAUUAGGAGAGUCAAGCUUUGAGGGAUUGAACGAUUUUUUCGGCACGCCUGAGGUCAUGAUUAGGCGCAGGACUCGAACGUCAUGUGAGAUUAUGAAUGGAUCAUGCCAGUCCCCGUUAAACAACAGCCGAUCUGCUCUGCGAGAGAUCACCAACCUGUCUGCACGAUCUGCUCCUUCCUCAGCUCUCAGUGUGAAGCAUGAGGAGAGCAGCAGAGACAGGUUCCCUUGCGACGCCUCUCCCUCUCCCUCCUCCUGUGGCGAUCGCAUGUGCAUUGAUGAAAUCACCCACGAAUUCGCCGGGGACGAGACGAGGCCAAGGGAGGAGGAGGAGGAGGAGGAGGAGGAGGAGGAGGAAGGGAGGCAAGAGCGGGAGGAGGACGCGAGUGAGUGUCUGUUCAAGACGCUCAAGGCGUUGGAGGCCUCGCUAUCCGGUGCUCCCUCCCCUCCCCAUCUUGAGUCAGUCUACCAGAAGAUCCUGAUGGAAGCCCUGCACCGCCUUCCCCGGACACCCAUGAGGAAGGAGGAGCUGAAGGGUGGGCUCAAGGAGGAGGAAGCACUGUGCAGCGAGUCGCAGGUGAAGGUGCUGGAGGAGGAGCUGAAGGAGGAGAGGAAGAGGAGGAGCGAGGUGGAGAGGCAGUUGACAGCGCUGUCGGAGAAGACGUCAUCCUGGAACGGUGCAAGCAGUGCCAGAGCUCGGGAGAUGGACCGGCUGAGGGAGCAGCUCAAGACGCAAGACAGAGUCAUCCAGGUGCUCUGCAGGAAAAUCCCCUGUAAGGAAGUUCUGGAGAGUGUAGCGCAGUCGAGAGGAGAAGAGGAGGAGGGCACCACGAUGCAAGUCAUGGUCCCCAUCCUCGAGGAGAAGUCCUUCUGCUCCCCCGAGACCAGCACCCUCGUCAGGAUCACGCAGGAGCUCUGCUCGCUGCGAGAGCAGGAGAGCGACAGACAGGAGCUGGAGGAGGAGGUCCUUGCGGCAGAGAAAAGGUGCGAAGACCUCGAGAGGGAGAGGAAGGAUGUGUGCGAGUCGAAGAGCAUCAUCAAGCGCCUUCAGGAGGAGCUGUCUGCUUCCUUUGUUAGCAUGCAGGAGGAGGUGCCGGGAAGUGCCUCGGUGACGAGAACGUCGAAGCUGCUCGAGGACGCUCUGGCUGACCUUGACAGGCUCAAGACUUCUCCUCUCUCCGCCUCCCUCCGAUCUUCGGUCAACAGGAGCUCCGUGAUCGAGGAGGAGGAGGAGGAGGAGGAGGACGACAGUGUGGCUCUUGGGGGGACCAAGGCCUCUUUCCUCCCACCUGCCUCCCAGUGCGAGUCGCUGGCAGAGGAGUGGGAGAAGUGUUGGUACGACCCCGAAGACCAGGAGGAGGAGGAGCAUACAGGGUUGACCCCGCAGAAGAAAUUUGGAGACGUAGAAGUCGCGCCUCAGCCUCCAGCGGCAGCGGCAGCGGCAGCGGCAAGAAGAGGAGGGAGGGGAAUGUUGACAGUCAUGGUUCGUUGGACCCUUGAGAUCGGUGUUAUCAUCCUCCUCCUCAUCUUCGCUGAUUUCUUCCUCCUCGCUGGCUCCUCGUCCGGCAGACUACCAUCGAUCGUGUGA